AUGACACGACGUCAAUACGUUGUUCUGUUCACCGACGGCGCACCAAGCAUUGCAUUUAAAUUGGUAGAGCCCGAGGAUGGUCGAUGGGGCGAUGUGCACAAUGGUUCAUGGAGUGGGUUAAUAGGACAAUUGCAAAGGCAGGAGGUGGAUCUGACCGCUGCACCACUUGCAAUUGAACCAAAACGGGAAGAGGUGAUGGACUUCAUUUUUCCUUUCUUCUAUGAAUACACUACCGUUCUCAUAAAGAAGCCAGAUCCCAACAAAAGGAAAUGGCGAACAUUAAUAGAUCCAUUCAAAUGGCAGGUGUUGUUGUGCAUCGGAGUCAGUCUUGUGUUCACCACGUUUUUCUUCUUCCUCCUCGAGAGAUGGAAUCCUUAUUACUCUGAUAAGAAAUACGGCGGAAGGACUCGAAGUGGUCGGAUAUUCAGCGAUGCUUUCUGGUAUAUGUAUGGGGCAUUGUUAACACAAGGGGGCGAACAUCUUCCAUACUCUCAAACUGGCAGAACUGUAGUGAGCAUGUGGUGGCUUUUCUCCAUCGUAAUGGCAGCGACCUACAGCGGAAACCUAAUUGCCUUUCUGACUGUAACAAAGGAUAAGCUUCCCUUCAACAACCUCCAAACAAUGGUCAACCAAGACGAGUACAAAUGGGGGACGGUAGGGGGCACAAUUUGGCCUCUGAUUUUUAAAAGGUCUAACCGUUCUGUUUACCAAAAAAUAUGGAAUGGUCUAAAGACCUUCAACGCCAGCGACACUUCCAUUCUCAGCACAAAUGCUACAGAACAUCUACAUAAAGUGAAGAAUGGUGGCUAUGCCUAUAUAGGCGACAGAUCGAUGAUGGAGGUCUGGCUCGCUGACGAGUGUGACUUGCAGUUUAUUAAAGAACAAUUCCUGCCUAUGCAGUAUGCAUUCGGACUCCCCAAUAAUUCGCCGUACAAGCAAGUGUUCCGAGAUGAAAUGUUACAGAUUUAUGAAAGUGGACUACUUCAGAUUUGGAAAAAACGUCUCUGGCCCAGAAAUACAUUCUGUGAAGGAACUUUAACUGCUGAAGCCAAACCAAUCAGCGUCAUCGAUGUACAAAGUGCUUUCUAUAUGAUCGGUAUUGGAAUAUUUGGAGCUGCGCUAGCCCUGCUAAUAGAGCGGGUUCUUCACAUAAAAACACUGUCCAAAUCACACUUGCCACAUUUACCAACAAUGAAAGACCAGGUCAAGUGACCACAGACUAAUAAUAACUUCCGUUUUCGUGAUCUUCAAGUGAUAUUCCGAGAUGUUGCAUGUAGGAAUUAUCUGGCUUGUAGGAACGAUAUCCGGAGGAGGCAAAUCUAGUGAGGGUCACAGUCUCUAGUGGUUGGUGGACAAGCCAUAUUAUUACCUUCAUAAGGAGGACAACAUUUUUGUC